AUGACUAUGCUACAGUACAAAUGUACUCUAUGGUCCCACUUCAAAUGGCUGUGCCUACUAUGGCUACUCAUAAUACUCUGUCGAAGUGUCCAGGCCAAUCCAGAUGCCAAACGACUCUACGAUGAUUUACUCAGCAACUAUAAUCGCCUGAUCCGACCGGUUAGCAACAAUACUGACACGGUGUUGGUAAAGUUGGGACUGAGGUUGUCUCAGCUGAUCGAUUUGAAUUUGAAGGAUCAAAUCUUAACUACAAACGUGUGGCUGGAACAUGAAUGGCAGGAUCACAAAUUCAAAUGGGAUCCAUCGGAAUAUGGCGGCGUUACAGAGCUCUAUGUACCUUCCGAACACAUAUGGCUUCCCGACAUCGUGCUCUACAACAAUGCUGAUGGCGAAUACGUUGUGACGACAAUGACGAAAGCCAUCUUACACUAUACCGGAAAAGUGGUAUGGACGCCACCGGCCAUUUUCAAGUCUUCCUGUGAAAUCGACGUUCGCUACUUUCCAUUCGACCAGCAAACCUGUUUCAUGAAAUUCGGAUCGUGGACCUAUGACGGUGAUCAGAUCGAUUUGAAGCACAUCAACCAGAAGAAUGACAAGGACAACAAAGUGGAAAUAGGCAUUGAUUUGCGCGAGUACUAUCCAAGCGUGGAGUGGGAUAUUCUGGGUGUGCCUGCGGAACGACAUGAGAAAUAUUAUCCUUGUUGUGCUGAACCAUAUCCCGAUAUUUUCUUCAAUAUUACUUUGCGCCGCAAGACCCUCUUCUACACCGUGAAUCUAAUCAUUCCCACAGUCGGCAUAUCGUAUCUGUCGGUACUGGUGUUCUAUUUGCCUGCCGAUUCAGGCGAAAAAAUCGCCCUGUGCAUUAGCAUUUUGUUGUCGCAAACCAUGUUCUUUUUGCUCAUAUCUGAAAUCAUACCCUCUACCUCUCUGGCCCUGCCGCUGUUGGGCAAAUACUUGCUCUUCACUAUGUUGCUGGUCGGGCUAAGUGUCGUCAUUACCAUCAUCAUUCUGAACAUUCAUUAUCGCAAACCCAGUACCCAUCGCAUGGCGCCCUGGGUGCGAUCAUUUUUCAUAAAACGCCUACCCAAGCUGCUGUUGAUGAGGGUCCCCAAGGACCUGUUGAGAGACCUGGCUGCCAACAAGGUCAACUAUAACAUGAACUUUAAUAAGACGAAAUUCGGCAAGGCAUUGAUGGAUGAAAUGAACAUAAGUUCGGGUGAUUCCAGUCCCGACUCCAUACGUCGUAUGCAGGGUCGUGUGGGCAAUGGUUUACACAGUGCCUCGGCCACAAACAGAUUUAGUGGCAUGAUGGGGGUUUUGGGUGGCGGCCUCAGCACCUUGAGCGGUUACAAUGGAUUACCUUCCGUUCUGUCCGGCUUGGACGAUUCACUGAGUGACGUGGCACCCCGUAAAAAGUACCCAUUCGAAUUGGAAAAAGCCAUUCACAAUGUCAUGUUCAUUCAAAACCACAUGCAGCGCCAGGAUGAGUUCAAUGCCGAAGAUCAAGAUUGGGGCUUUGUGGCCAUGGUACUGGAUCGUUUAUUUCUGUGGAUCUUUGCAAUUGCCUCCCUGGUGGGUACAUUCAUGAUAUUGGGCGAAGCACCGUCGCUGUAUGACGAUACCAAACCCAUCGAUGUGGAACUGUCAGUCAUUGCUCAGCAAAUUUACAAUUUGACAGAGAAGAAGUCGUAAGAAUCCCAUUGUGGCCCAUACCCCCAUUGCACU